AUGUCAACUCGCCAAGUUCAGACUUCCCGUAUCGUUGAAAAAAAGGAUGCAGAGGAAAGCUUUCAGAACGACAAACUCCUAUAUUAUCGCCUCCAGAGCCUAGAAGAACAUCCGGCAGCUCUAUCACAGGCACAAGAACGGCUCAUCCAGCUACUCGACAUCUCGGUCGAUUCUGCCCUACAAUCGACGACGCCUAAUCUUUUGUCAGUUCCUGAAUUCUGCCUACAGUCUUUGAAAGCAUAUCUAGCCGACGUAGAAGAUGCCACUGUUGAUGCAUGGACAUCAUACCUUAAACGACGGUCAUCAGGGGGGCCCCGUGAGCUUUUCCAUACAAGCGAAUCUGCAAAACAAUGGCUACGACUGUCCGCGCCAGUGAAGUGCGUCGACGGAGCUUGGUUGUCCAGGAUCCAUCACGCCCGAACUCCCGAGAGACUGCGGCCAUCUACCCGGAUUGCUUGGCAGAUAUUAUCAGAAGAGUUGGGUGAUGGUAUUCUGGAGAGAAACCACGUGUAUAUCUAUUCAAAACUGCUACAAAGCGUAGAUCUUGAUCUCGGGCCGGGAAAUACCGCACGGUUUAUAGAACUAGCCUCAGAUCCUGAUCGUAAUGAGCGAGUAUGGACAGCAGCAGUUGCUCAAUUGGCUCUUGGAUUCUUGGCCGACAACUUCCUCCCGGAAAUUUUAGGCUUCAAUAUGGCGUACGAAGCUGCGACGAUUGAGACGUUGAUAUGUGCUUAUGAGCUUAAAGAAAUUGGGAUGGAUCCCGAAUAUUUCAACAUGCAUAUCACGAUUGAUAAUGCGGAUUCGGGCCAUACUGCUAUGGCAACUCAGGCUGUUAUAAGGUUUAUUGGUGCACUUAAGCCCUCUGAGGCACUCCAGUCAUGGAAACGAAUACAAGCUGGUUAUCUCUUGGCGAAAACGUUACCGGUUGCUCCUGUACUAGUCAGCAAACACAGGGAAGAAGUUUUGAACAUAUUCUCUAAGAAGUGCAAUCCAGCGAGAGAGUUACACCGACGCUGUACGGCGCGAAUUGGAAGAUUAAACGGGAAAAGAUUGGGGGAGUGGUUAAACCCAGUCCUUUGGGAGACUCAAAAAGAUAUGUUUCUCUCGUCUUUGGCGCAAUCAAAAUGGAUUGUUCCAGGGAACCCCAGAGACAGCAACCUGGUUAGGCAAAUGGGCUGGGGUGGCAGGAUGUUUGGAGCGUUUACUUUGAGGGAGAAAGCUAAGGUCGAAGAAUGGAUUCGCAAUAUGACCUCAAAGCACGAAGAAAGUGGGAUUAAACACGAAUCGGUACGUAGCAUAGCAUUCGUCGCAACUUGCUCGCUUGCUAUUUUUACACACGAUACCAAUGAGCCAGUAGCUGCUGGUGGAAGGGAGAGUAUCGACAAGGACCACAAUGUCAUCCUAUGGAUGGACCAAAGAGCUAAACAAGAGGCUGAGGCCAUCAACAAGACGCAGCAUGAGCUCUUAAAAUACUUUGGUGGCUCGAUAUCAGUUCUCAUGGAGUUGCCCAAGAUCUUGUGGUUGAAGCACCACAUGUCCGAAGCCGACUUUGGAAGGUGCAAAUUCUACGACCUGAACGAUGCGCUAACGUAUAUCGCCACGGGAAACCAGAUAUUUCCUUGCACUGAAAAUUGUACUCGAAACGCAUUGCAUAUUGGUGUGGAUGGCACGGCAAAAGGAUGGAGCCGAGAAUUUUUGGAAGCUGUACAACUCGAAAUCCUAGCUGCAGAUGAUUUUAAAAGAGUUGGAGGGGUGUGUCGAAUAAUUAUAACCAUCAUCAUUUUUCAAGUCGCUAACCUCAUCAUGGCUCCGUUGAAGAUUGCUGUGUUAGAUGACUAUCAAAAACUCUCUCAGAACCCGUUCAAGGAUUUACCGCCCUCCGGGUAUGAGGUGGUAAUAUUCACCGAUACUCUACUUCCGUAUAACCACCAUAAUACACCUCAAGAUGCCAAAGAUGCACUAGUUAAGCGUCUUGAGCCGUUCGACAUUAUUUCUUCGAUGAGAGAACGAACACCAUUUCCGGGAGAACUUAUCAAUCGGCUCCCAAAUCUGAAACUCCUCCUUACUACCGGUGGUCAUAAUGCAUCCAUCAACGUGAAGGCAUGUUCCCAGCGCGGCAUCCCUGUGGCUGGUACUUAUGCGAAAGGGCCAAGUCCAGACUCUACGACUCAGCAUUGUGUCGCAUUGAUUCUUGCGCUUGCGAGAAACAUCCCGCAAGACGAUGCUAUCAUGAAAUCCGGAGGUUGGCAGACAACUUUCGCAACGGGAUUGGCAGGGAAGGUAUACGGCAGCAUCGGCCUUGGUAGAUUAGGAGUGUCCGUCUCGAGGAUUAUGCACGUAGCCUUUGGGAUGAAGAUCGUGGCAUGGAGCCCAAACUUGACUCAGGAAGUUGCCGAUGAGAAAGCCAAAGCUGCUAGAUUGCCCGUCGAGGACGAAAACGGAGAGAAGACGUUUAAGGUAGUUACUCGGGAUGAAUUGUUCUCGUCUGCGGAUGUAGCUACUGUCCAGCUGGUUCUUUCAGACCGGUCUAGAGGUUUAAUAACGGCAAAUGAUUUAGGAAAAAUGAAGAAUUCGGCGCUAUUCAUAAAUACUUCAAGAGGUCCGAUAGUGGUGGAAGAGGAUUUACUCAAGGUAGCUAAGAAGGGAUCAAUACGUGGCAUAGGGAUUGAUGUGUACGAAAUUGAGCCAUUGCCUACGGCUAGCGAGUGGAGGACGACGAGAUGGGGAGAAGGAGGUAGAAGUCGGGUAGUUUUAACACCGCACAUGGGCUACGUUGAGGAAGAAAAUAUUACAGAGUGGUAUCAACAGCAGGUGCAAAACAUAUUACGAUGGCAGAAGGGUGAAGCAUUGGCCACUAUUUUCAGUGAUAAUGGACACUAA